AUGCGUGCGUUCAUUAUUUUAUCUUUGGCGGCAGUCGUGUGCGCUGACGUCGGUUACAAUUACAAAGCCGGUGGUGGCAGUCCUGCUACAGGAGGUCACAACGGUGGUGGCUCCAGCGGUUUGGGUACACACGGUGGUUCCAGCCUUAGCGGACACGGUAGUUCGAUCGGAUUAGGUGGACUCGGCGGUAAUGGUGGCUCCAGCGGUCUGGGUAGUAUUGGUAGUUCCAACAUUGGCGGCAAUUCGGGUGUCGGCGCUGGUUCCAGUGCUCCAGUUGCAGUUAGUCCAGCUGCUCUAGCCACAUACGAAAAAGAAUUCUACACCUUCAGUGCUCCCGAAAGUGAAUUCAAUAAUGAUAACGCAGGGCAACAAAUUGCCAGUGUUAAGAAAAACUUGCGCGUAAUUUUCAUUAAAGCACCUGAAAAUAAGGGUCUUGAGAAUGCCGCGGUACAAUUAGCCAAGCAGGCUGCUGAGGAUAAGACUGCCAUUUAUGUGCUUACCAAACAACCUGACAUCGGUAAUUUGGCUCAACAAUUACAAAACAUCCAGUCGCAACAGAGCCAUAAGCCCGAAGUACACUUUGUCAAGUACCGUACACCUGAGGAUGCUGCCAAUGCCCAGAAGGCCAUUCAAUCGGAAUACGAUCAAUUAGCGGGCAAAUCUCAGGCUCAUAACGGUGGUGUAGCGCCAGUGUUGAACUUCGCUUCUCGUGCUCCUGUUGCUCAAGGUCCUGCACCUAAAGCGCCAGCAAAUUCCUACCUGCCUUCAUCGGUCCUGCGCUUAUUCCGUAAAUAG